AAAGAGGUUGGUCUAGAGAAUCGAGAAUCACUCUGGUCUCUGCCACGUUCGCAUAAACAUACCAUCCGGUAGUCCGUUGUUCAGUUCUUCUUUGUGUGCCCCGUGUAUUAAAAAACAAGUGCCAAAAUGUGUGACGAUGAACCCUCCGCCCUCGUCGUAGACAAUGGAUCUGGCAUGUGCAAGGCUGGUUUCGCUGGUGAUGAUGCUCCCCGCGCUGUCUUUCCCUCCAUUGUCGGUCGCCCACGCCAUCAAGGUGUGAUGGUGGGUAUGGGUCAAAAGGAUUGCUAUGUUGGUGAUGAGGCCCAGAGCAAACGUGGUAUCCUCACUUUGAAGUAUCCCAUUGAGCAUGGCAUCAUCACGAACUGGGACGACAUGGAAAAAGUAUGGCAUCAUACAUUCUACAAUGAAUUGCGUGUGGCCCCCGAAGAACACCCUGUGCUGUUGACCGAGGCUCCAUUGAACCCCAAGGCCAAUCGCGAGAAAAUGACUCAAAUCAUGUUCGAAACCUUCAACUCACCCGCCAUGUAUGUUGCCAUCCAAGCCGUCUUGUCCCUGUACGCCUCCGGUCGUACCACCGGUAUCGUCUUGGACUCUGGUGAUGGUGUCUCCCACACUGUCCCCAUCUAUGAAGGUUAUGCCUUGCCACAUGCCAUCCUCCGUUUGGAUUUGGCUGGUCGCGAUUUGACUGACUACUUGAUGAAGAUUUUGACCGAGAGAGGCUACUCCUUCACCACCACAGCUGAACGUGAAAUUGUGCGCGACAUCAAGGAGAAGUUGUGCUAUGUUGCUUUGGACUUUGAACAAGAAAUGGCCACAGCUGCUGCUUCCACCUCUUUGGAGAAGUCCUACGAAUUGCCUGAUGGCCAAGUCAUCACCAUUGGCAAUGAACGUUUCCGCUCCCCCGAAGCUCUCUUCCAACCUUCCUUCUUGGGCAUGGAAUCGUGCGGUAUCCACGAAACUGUCUAUCAAUCCAUCAUGAAGUGCGAUGUCGAUAUCCGCAAGGACUUGUACGCCAACAAUGUAUUGUCCGGCGGUACCACCAUGUAUCCUGGUAUUGCUGAUCGUAUGCAAAAGGAAAUCACUGCCUUGGCUCCCUCCACCAUCAAGAUCAAAAUCAUUGCUCCCCCCGAAAGAAAGUACUCCGUAUGGAUUGGUGGUUCCAUCUUGGCCUCGUUGUCCACCUUCCAGCAGAUGUGGAUCUCCAAACAGGAGUACGACGAAUCUGGCCCCGGCAUUGUUCAUCGUAAAUGCUUCUAAGCUCCAUAGCAAACCACUUAAGCGUAAAAGACAUGAUUGCUUAACAACAACAUAUCUAUCACCAGCAACGCAAGCACUGCCAGCUGCUGAAGGCGUUGCGAGCAAGGUCACCGACUCAAAGUCACAUUUGAAUUUAGAAAUGUCCUUUUUUGUAUAUUUUUUGUUCAUUUUUGUUUUGUAAGUAAUAAUUAUAAUAAUAACUAAAAAAAAAUAGUACACAAAAACUAAA